GCCAUGGCCGCCACCCACGUCCUCAUCGCCGUCCUCUUCGCCGUGUUGGUGGCGGGGACGGCCGCGGCCGCGCGCCCCGGGAGGCAGGCCUCGGACACCGCCUCGGACACCACCGACGGCGUCCUGGACCUGCUGGCCGGCUUCAUGCCCGACAUCAUGGGCCUGGUGAACGCGCCCGAGCUCUCCGACACGCUGAGCAUGGCCAAGGAGAUCGUCACGAGCAGGUGGACGUCGAAGGAGGUGUUCAAGUCGGAUUUGAAAACAGCCGCACUGGUGUCCGAGGCGAUCCGUCGCAACGUGCCUGGCAAACUGACGGACAAGGUGAAGGAGACGGCCAGGGCGGUCACUAGCAGUGCUGCCGAGGGUGCGGCGCGGUAUUUCCCAGGGGGCCGGCGGGCCCAGAAUUCGUGUGCUCGUCCCAAGUCACCUCGCAUGGCGUACUGCAAGGAUGAGGACGAGUACGACGAGGAGGACGAGGCCAUGGACUCUGAGGACGAGGAGUACAGGCAAGCGUUCGAGCGGAUGAAGUACGUUCCCGGAGCAGACGAUAACUAUGCCAGAGUCAUGAUUGUACGUCGAGGACGCACAGCGCGCCUAUCUUGUUACUGGCUAGAAACACCCGCAUUUUUAAGACUUUUACCCUUUCUAGGCAAUUUUACUCACUAUAAACCGCGAUUCAAAAUUGUCCUCUCAUCCGUGCAACGGACGUUUCGUUUUGCUUUCAGCUGAAGCGCGAUGCAGAAGCCUUUCUAGACACUCUAGACAACACGGGCCCACUGCCGCAGGAGUUGUAAAGCGGGGUCAUCAACUUCCUUACCCAUGCUACAAGAUUAAACUACCUACGAUUUACCUACAA